AUGUCUCAUAAACAAGAUAUGUAUAUCAAUUCCGAUGAAAUAGUGAAUGACGACAUAAAAUUAGAAGACUAUCAGAUAAGAAAUAAAAUCUUGAGUGAUAAAGAUGCAACUGAGAGUAAUGCAUCUGAAGAGAUCACCACAAACAAACUCAAGCCCGCAGUAAGUUCCACUGGAGUCUACAAUAUGGAAAUAUAUGCAAAGUACUAUGCCAACCCUUUCCAAAAAUUUCUAAUUUACUUUUCAUUGUUUGUUAUCUAUUAUGCAUAUGGUUUAGAUGGUAAUGUUCGUCCCACAUACCAAACAUUAGCAACUUCAUCUUUCAAUAGACAUUCGUUAAAUUCAACUGUGACAUGCAUCAACCGUGUCACUUCUUCUGCUGGUCAGAUUUGGUUUGCAAGAGCUUCUGACAUAUUUAGCCGUGAAUUUUCAAUGGUGAUUUCAAUACUCUUUUAUGUCGUAGGUACUAUUAUUUCAUCACAAGCAACAUCAGUUGCAAAAUAUGCAGUGGGUGCUUGUAUUUAUGGUAUUGGUCAUGCCGGAAUCGUAUUAUUGUGUGAAAUUUAUAUGGCAGAUUUUUCGAACCUGAAUUGGAGAGUAGUCGCAGAAAAUGCUCCGAUGUUACCAGCAAUAAUAAAUACUUGGGUUAGUGGUAAUAUUACUAGUGAUCUUGGCAGUAAAUGGCAAUGGGGUCUAGGCAUGUGGGCUAUCAUAUUUCCUGCGUCUUGUAUUCCACUUUUUGUAUGCAUUUACCAUAUGAGAUACAUGGCAAAGAAGAACAACGAGAAAAUCAGAAAGAUCUUCGAGAAACCCAGUGAAAUAGCAUGGAAAAAAUACUUAAUUGAUAUAUUUAUUUGGAAAUUGGAUUUUAUCGGAUUGGUUUUGCUAGUCGCGGUAUUUGCUUUAAUAUUAGUUCCAUUUACGACCUCCGGAGGACUGCACAGGGAAUGGAAUAGUGCAAAUUUCAUAGUGCCAGAAGUAGUUGGUUGGGUUGUGGCUCUGCCAAUAUUUAGCGUGUGGGAAUGGAAAUUCUCAAGAUAUCCAAUUUUAAGGCUGGACUUAAUUAGUGAUCGAGGGAUCUACUCAGCCCUCUCCAUUUCAUUUUUCAUUCAAUUUUGUUUGUAUGUAAACGACACAUAUUUGUACACAUUUUUAUUAGUUGCCGUCGAUCAGACUACCAAAUCAGGCACCCGAAUCAACUCUUUGAUGUCGUUUGUUAAUGUUAUCACGGCAUGUUGUCUUGGGUUGUUUAUUGUCAAGAUUAGGCGGACUCAGAUAUUUAUCGUUAUCGGCUGUGUAUCUUGGUUUGUGGUUUAUGGACUAUAUGUCCACUACAAUGGCGGAUUGGGCAGUCGAAGUGGAAUCAUAACAGCUUCUUGUCUCUCCGGGUUCGGUUACGGGUUCAUCAAAUCACCAUUGAAGGCCUCACUCCAAGCGUCCUCGAAUUCACACCAGAACCUAGCCAUUGUCACAGCCUUAUUUUUAGCCAUUGGUAACAUUGGCACGGCCUUUGGAGCUGCAGUGGCCGGUGCCAUUUGGUCUAAUCUCUUACCACACCGUCUCGAAAAAUCAAUUGGGAAUGUCACACUGGCAGAUUCGGCGUUUGACUCGCCUAUCAAAUUCAUCAAACAAUACAAAUGGCAUACGGCGGUUCGCCAGCAUUUGGUGAGCUCAUACGGCAGCGUGUGGCGGAUCCUAAACAUUGUGUGUCUCGUGCUAGUCAUCCCAAUGCUAGUGUCUUCAUUUUUGUUAAGAGACAGGAAGUUGUCAAACUCAGUGGCGUACGAUCAGAGAGAUUUUAGCCCAACGGACUGCGAGGAAGAGAACAUCGGCCAAGAUCGCAGAAGUUACAUCGGCGAUCGGUAUGCAAAAUUCAGAGUUCUGCGUGAACGUAUCUUUAAAUAG